AUGAAUGAGCAAACCUCUACUUAGGCCUAGCCUGAUGUUGUUCUCUAGUUUGGCUCUCCUGUUGUUGAAAAUUUAGACUAAAAGUAAAGCUAUAAACCUAAAUACGACCCCCUUAAUAUGCCAAGACACUCAGUAAAAAUGGUGUGUCCAUAUUGCUCAUUUGAUGGAUAUACAGUGACUAAAAAGGACAAAUGCGAUGCAUGCUGCAAUGUCACUCUGAUAUUUUUAAAGUUCAUGUUGAUCGUGCUUUUUAUCGCAAUUAUUAUUGCCAUUAUAGUACUGUUAGUCCUCUUAGCUAAGGACUCUAAGGGUUGUAACUGUGACGGGCUAGGAGGAGGUGAUUGCUGCAUUAUUGUUUGUGGUCCUUAGACUGACUGUGGAUGUGGGGAAUGCUGUGAUGCUUUUUGUGUGUGUGAAAAGAGAAGCGCUAAGAAGAUUCAUAAAUGUAAAAAAUGCAAAAGAGAAAUAGGCUAUUCUAAACCUUGUGAGUGA